GACCAAACUUUGAAAUGGAAUUGGAGGAGAGCACCGUCUUGACGCCGCUGGUUGGGCAACGUGUCUACUGGACAUCUUUGGUGGCUGGCGGAGUGGCUGGACUGUUGGUGGACGUGGUGCUAUUUCCAAUAGACACCAUCAAAACACGCCUACAAAGUGAACGAGGCUUCAUCGCGUCCGGCGGAUUCAGAGGCAUUUACAAGGGACUGGCACCGACUGCUGCCGGUAGCGCACCAACUUCGGCCCUGUUCUUCUGCACCUAUGAGGGGCUGAAAGUUAACCUGCGCCAGUACGCCACUCCCGACCAGAUGCCGUACGUGCACAUGGUUUCGGCAGCGGCCGCUGAAGUCGUUGCAUGCCUGAUACGUGUACCGAUCGAGAUUGCAAAACAACGCCGACAAGCGCUAUUGCAUAAGGGCAACAUGUCAUCGUUAGAGAUUCUGUACGGGGCACUUCGCAAAGAGGGCAUCCGGAGAGGUCUAUACCGUGGCUUCGGAACAACCGUAAUGCGCGACGUGCCCUUUUCGCUGAUACAGUUUCCCCUUUGGGAGUAUUUCAAACAACACUGGAGUACUGUUACCGGUACUCCGUUGACACCGGUGUCUGUGGCGAUUUGUGGUGCUGUAUCCGGUGCCGUUGCGGCCGGUUUGACUACACCGCUCGAUGUUGCAAAGACACGCAUUAUGCUGGCCGAGCAGAUGGAAAAUAAACGCGGCAUGGGUCGGAUACUGCGUGGUAUCUACCGUGAACGUGGUAUCCGGGGUGUGUUUGCAGGUUUCGUACCACGUGUGAUGUGGAUAACGCUUGGUGGUGCCAUCUUUUUCGGCAUGUACGACUUCACGCGACGACUGCUGGAUAUGGACCCAGACCGGUAACUGAAAAUCAAACCGACGUAACCUGACCAAAGAACAUCAGUACUAGGUACUGCCAAAUGAUAGCUAGUGGUAAUGUUGAGUAGAAUAGCCUUUAUUGGCGAAC